AUGCAUCCCGUAGAGGAGCCGGUCUCAGUCGACGAACAGUAUUUGGCUUUCUUCACACACAGCGGGUUCCAGAACCAAUUAAUUCAAGUGGAAAACGCCAUAUUAUUAGCCUGGUAUUUGAAUCGAACAUUGCUGUUGCCAAGAGCCUUAUUCGGUCAACCUUUCGGAUGGUCUCUGUUCGAUAAACUUCAUAUUGAACAUCAAUUGAGAGACGUCACCCAUUCACCUGCCCAAGCUUGCAUCCAACACGAUGCUGAGCUUGAACGCUACGGUGUCGAGUGCCCCGAGCCAAGUCGCUACACUAUGAUGCCAUUCGAUGAAAUUUUUGAUCUGGACUGGGCUAAGCAACAUGUUCGCAUUGUUUCAAGAGAUGAUAUGUCGUAUGAAUGGAUGGAAAAGCACUUGGAUAUUUCUCGAGCUGGUGCCGAUAAUCAAGAUAAUGGGUCCUACGUAGAUGGCGACAUCCUUUUUUUCAAAGACGAAACCCGGUAUAACUGGCGUAUAUUUGACACACCUCAUCAAUCCGAGCGACUGGGAAAAUAUCUAGCCAGUCUGGAUAUAUACCAAAUGCGAGAGUUUCCACAAAAACUCAUUCAUUUUGGUUCUCUCUUUGGUUCGGGUAAAAUGCCCAUUCGACGACCUGAACACUAUGAAUUUUUAAGAAAACUGCAGCGCUCCAUCGUAUAUCGUCACCCGGUGGUCACUGAAGUAGCUGACAAUUUUUUGCAUAGCCUUGGCGGACCAGGAGCAUUUAUCGGUCUUCAUAUUAGAUCUGGUGAUGGAUGGUUUGUUCAAGCUUUGCCGCGAAACGUACAAAAUGCUGUAACCCAAAUAACGCUGUCCAUCGAUAAACAUCCCGAAGUGCCUUCCCUUCAAGAACAACUAGCCAUCAUACCCAAAGAUCCUCAAUUUGAACAAUGUCUCACUCUAGCCAAGACUCGAAACGUUACCAUCAUUUACAUGGCCACCGACGCUCCCCAUCCAAGCAGCAAUCCUGAUUUUGCUAUACUGUACUCAAGUUUUCCGUGUACUUUUACUAUCGACAGCUUCAGCACCAAAUUAAACCAACCAGCUUGGAAUGCGUUAUCCAAUGCAACCAAUGCGCAUGACGGAACGCCCAUGAAAAAGUAUUUGAUACCAUUAAUAGAUGCCACCAUCGCCAGUCGAGGUCGUCUAUUCAUUGGUACCGAAGCCUCAACGUUCUCAGGCUAUGUCUAUCGCCUACAUGAUGUCUUCUGGUCCCAACAACAAGCGGACGCACUGACUAGCCAGCGAUAA